GUCAGUCAAGAACAGAUUUUGCGGCACUCCUUAAAUGAUUCGAUAGCUCACCGCUUUAGAUCAAGACUCCAAACCUUCUAUUGAAAGAACAUCAAGAUGGCUACUGCUGGAUGGUCAACAACUACAAAAGAAAACACCAACUUUGCUCGAUUGUGUAAAUUACUCAUCGAUGGAGGAACUCAUAUCCUUAGAAAGAUCUUUGAUGCAAAACAUCCACCUCACGAUCUAAAGAAACAUUUGAUGGAUCGCAGAAAUCAUCGUAUUUUGAAGAAUUUGAAGACUGCAAACAUAUUAAGACGAGAUCAAUGGAGCAAACUGUAUCCAAGUGUAGAUGCUCCAACAUCUGCAAGUUUUGAUAUUACUCUCUUAAGUCUACUGUUGCGCAAUAUCUGCAAUUUGCCAACACCUGCCAAUGGAUGGAGUAACGAGCCCGCAGCGACAAGUAUUAGUCAAGAGGAUGAUAUUGUAAGGGUGAAAUUGUACCGCAACAAACUGAGCCACAUCUCUGAACGAGCGCUAUCAGACGCUGAUUUCAACAAGUACUGGAACGACAUUGAAACUGUUUUGCUAAGACUUGGAGNAGACAUGGCAGCUAUUGAUAGUCUGAGAACGCAAUCAAUGGACCCUGAAGAUGAAGAAUACUACAACGARUGCUUGAAAGAAUGGGCCGAGAACGAGGAAAGACUAUUGCAGGCAAUCCAUGGACUAGAGGAAAAAAUGGAAAACCUUCUAAAGACGUCACCCAGCACUAGGCCUGUAAGACCAACAUCUGAAGAUAUGGAAUCGUAUUUCCACAAUCUCAAGAAUGCUAUAAUAAAGCAAACAGAAUUACUACCAAAAGGAAAGAUAGCUGAAACAAUCAAAACCGAUGACAUUUUUACGAACCUYGUUAUUCACCACGGGAAAAAAAGAYGCCGAGAACAAAUUCAAAGACCKSAAGAAUAUCACCCUGAUCGUAAGAUGCUGACCGAAAUGAAGCAAUGUAGUGAGAUUUUUGUUGAUGAGGACGAAAAAGACACUACCGUCAAKAGAAUAUUACUUUCAGGUGAACCAGGCGUAGGRAAAACACUGUUCUCGCAGAAACUUCUUCGAGAUUUGGCUACAAAUUCAACAUCGAUCCCUGACAUUAAGUUUACUUACCUCAUAACGUUUAGACAAUUGAACAAAUUGCCAAAAGAAGAAAYGUUGAGCCUCAGAGAACUGCUAAAUCGCUGUCCUCUGUURAACGAAGGUGCCAUGAUAGACGAGACAGUCAGCUUAAUGGAGUAYAUCAUUSAGCAUCCAAAGCAGUUUUUGGUUGUUCUCGAUGGCUUUGAUGAAUACAAAGAACGYAAGAAAAUAGUCGGAGAUUUUGAAAGUCAAUUUCCAAAUGAUGGUAAAGCCAAAAUGCCAGUAGCAGCCUUGGUCAGCAAAMUAAUCCRRAAAAAGAUCUUGAGCGAUUCUGUCAUCAUGSUUACYUCUAGGCCGGGMGARGCCAACGACUUGGACCAAACAUUUGACUUUGAUCGCUAUGUCGAAAUAUCAGGUUUCUCAGAAUCGCAAGUUAUAGAGUAUGUCAAGAAAUAUUUCAGUACAAAACCAGAAGAAGUAAAAAACWUGGCACUUAGCAAGGUUAAAGAAAGCGCGCACUACAUUUCAUUUGGUCGCGUCCCUUUCCGCUGUUUGUUGAUGUGUGUGUUCAUCGAGUGGAAAAUCAAAAAAAAUGAUAAUUCAUGUCCUCUCACACUAACAGAGUUUUAUUCUCAAGUAAUUCAAUGUAUAGAAACUAAUUAUAAUAGAGCAUUACUAAGUUUAGAUGACAAAGCCGCUUCGUUGGCUGUUGACAAAACGCUCGACAAUUUUUCAAAGUUGGCGGCACUUUUAACUGAACAAAAGAGAUUUAGUUUUACCUUACAAGACUUAGAAAAUCUAAAAUUAUCAGAAAAUGAAUUAUUGUACAUAAAAUCUAGCAAUCUUAUAUUUUGUUAUCCUGUUUCAAGUAAUAAUUCGCCAUUUCAAAAGCCAAUCUGUGAAUAUAGCUUCACACACUUCACUGUUCAAGAGUUUCUUGUUGCUCGGUAUUUGGUGAAGAAAGGUGUAAUGGCGGCACAAAGCACUGAAAUGGUGUACACAUUCAUGAGCGGUUUGUUAGGUUUAAAURAUAAUAAUGAAUUAAUGGUAGAACUACUAGAGUGUCUAGGUAAACAUAUAAAAAAUACAAUCCUUGAUAAUAGACUAGGACUGGUGUCAUUGCGAUGCCUGCACGAGUUUGGUCAAGACAAACGCUUGACAAGACAAGAACUAAGUACAAACCGUGACUACAGAUACUGGGAUCGUGAUGGGUGGAUUGAAUUAUAUCGUGGUGUAACCGACACGGACUGUGAUGCACUCGCUAUGUUAGUAGAAUCCACUGCUACAUCAAUAUCAUCACCACCACACACAUUGUACAUUGGUUGGUCACCGAUAACCAUUACCUGGAUAAAGAGAUUGAUGUCAUCACUCAUUACAAACUGUUCAAUCAAAGUACUGGGGCUGGGGUGGAGUAAUUUGAAUGAUGAACACGUAAAGUGUUUGUGUAAAGAUUUACAAAAGACAAAAAUAACCAAGCUAUACCUGCAGGGUAAUAACAUAACUGAUGGUGGAGUGAAUGACAUCAUGGUACACUUACCCAGUAAUCUCACCUUGCUAGACCUGUCUUGGAAUUAUAACAUAUCUGUUAAAUGUAAAGAGAAAACUAGACAAUUCUGUAGUGAUAAAUAUCCUGGUCUUUGGUUAGUCAUAUAGUAGAUAAUUCAAUGUUUGACUCUUGUAGAGUUGUAGUGAUACAAGUAAACCAAACACAACAAAAAUCACAUSAAACUAUUUAUUCAUCAUUUCUUAGUUUUCUACAAUUCCUUACAUAUUCUUUAAUAAUUUGUAAAAAUAUACGCUUAUAUCAAAAUGUACAUUUUAUAAUUUUGUAUGAUACUGAGUUUUUGACAUUUUGUACGUGAUAGGAUUUUUUCAGUUUCAGUAAACUGAACUUGUACAAAUGAGAGGACAUGAAAAACUUUCUUGUUAGGAUUUUUUCUCUUGGGUUUAGAAAGCUUGAAUAAAAAUCUUAAUGUAAUUUUAAUACAUUGUACAUAGUUGUAGAAUAAUAUAGUUCAA